AGCCUUUUGGUGGCCCGAAGUGAUUCUCUUAUCCAAGUGUUCGGAUCAUUUUAUCCGAAUGUGAAGCCGAUGGGCCUUUCUGAGGCUGUCCCUUUCCUUACGGCUCCUUUUGGACAUAUCUCAAAAGCACCAACCACAUCCUUCCGCCAAAGCACCUUAUCUUUUCACCACCAUGCUGAAGAGUGUGGAACUUGCAGCCGUUCCUGCGCUGCCUUCGCCUUGCUGGAAGCCUGACGCUGUAAUACCAAGAGUGAGCAUCUCCACGGUGCCAAGAGGAAGUCCCAAGGUGGGCAUAAAAGUAGCCGGAAUAAUUUGUCACGCUAGACGCCGGGUCUUAUACGAGGACAAUGAAGAAAGUGGUGAUGAUCAAUAUGGACAUAAUGAACAAAUUUCCAUGCUUGAAACUUACACACAAUCUGCUAGGAAUGAAGUCCUCUUGGUUCAGGCACUGGUAGAUGACCAAGAAGAGGAAAUUCUGAUAUUCAAGGGAUUCUCGUCUUCCCUGUCAUACGGAACGUCACCAGACCCCUCGAAAAGCAUUCUACCGGCAAGGGCUGUUAUAAAGACCAUCCAGAGGAUCAAGGGACCCUUCGACCCAUCGAAAGUGGAAUACAUUGAGAAAGACUUGACCUGGCCAGAUUUCAAAGACCGUUUUCUCCACAACAACAAAAGCUAGCUCUCUUGUACUCUGUAUUAUGUUUGUCUACUUUCUUUUCUUUGCCGUCCAAUUCUUCACCGCCCUGGCUUAUAGUCACAGAUUUUUCAUUUCGUCCGCUCCCACUUUGAGAGCAUAGUAUAGCUGGUCGGACUGACAAGCUAGUGAAAGUUCAAUCGUCAGAUUUGAUAUCCAUGGAUAUUAUUCUUUUAAACUGCAAACAAUGAAUAGAGUAUCUCACUUAUUCCUCCAUUCA